AGGAUUUGUUUACAGAAAACCCUGUCGCCUCUCAGACUCGCUCUCACGAUCUCGUCUCACCUCUCAGCCCGCCGUUCGGCCGUCAGUGUCUCUCGUCUUCGCCUUGAGGAUGGAAUCUCAGAUUAAACAUGCUGUGGUGGUGAAAGUAAUGGGUAGAACUGGAUCAAGGGGGCAGGUAACUCAAGUUAGAGUCAAAUUUCUUGAUGAUCAAAAUCGUUACAUCAUGAGGAAUGUGAAGGGACCAGUGAGGGAAGGCGAUAUUCUGACCCUGCUCGAGUCUGAGAGAGAAGCUAGGAGAUUGCGUUGAUGAUCAUGAUGGGGUAUUGCCCUUAUCAUAUAGUCUUCUUGUAUUGUGGCUGUUUUGGUUUUACUAUUUUUUUUUUUCUAAAUGGCCUUUAAAUUUAAUUUAAGGUUGAAUAUUGAACGGAAUGAUAUAUUAUCUUUUUGAAUUGUUAAGUCUUGCUGGUGAGGGUAAUGAAAUUAUAUCCAAGUUCGCUAGUAUUUGCUAAA